UAUUGUUUAUUUUCCAGGAAGUUAUUUCGUACAAAAAAACGUCAUAUAUUGUGUUAUUCAGUUCAAUUAGUUUAUGGUAUUAGACAUUGUACCUAAUUUGAUAUAAUCCUUAAAAUACAGAAAACAGUUUCUGUAAACAAGGAGGUAAAGUUAGUCUAAAGACAUCAUGUCCGCUGGUAUCAGUUUACACAAGGACACACCCGGGUUCAAGGUCAUCCUCAGGGCUGUUCUCAAAGACCAGAUUCAACUCUUGGUACAGCAGUUGUCGACUCAUGGCGGAGAGGAAUCACUUCUCCUUACCUCAUGUAUUGAAGAUGGCUCGUUCAGUCACCUCUCAUCAAAGCGUGGCUCAAACUUUCUGGAGCGCAACGAGGAUGUACGACUGAAAUUUCUCAACCACGUUGCCAGAGAUGGUUCAACUAAAAAACUUCCAAUCGUAACGUCACCAAGCAGUAAAAGAGACUCCAGCAACUGGCGAAUGAGACUGGGGUUUUCUGGCUUCAACUCUGGCAGCAGGAAAUCCCCAUACGAAAGAAGAACACACCGAAAAUCAUACAGGUCCCAAAAGUCUCUAAACUCGAAGGAUUGUGCUCCAUUUACGAUACGAUCUCAGAGUGCGAAGAAUGCUGAGUUUACUUUUGAGACACAGAGCGGUUCCAUUAUUGAGCCAAAUGUGAACAAGUUGAUCGAUGGUCCAAUAGAGAGGGAAGACGUUGAUGGUGCAAACAUUGCUGAAGACCAGGAGUAUGAUCCCAUGAUUUCUGGUACCAAUGAAGUUGAAGGAGAUGAUAAUGUCAAUGCGGUAGAAGCAGGGAACAGCGUGAUUGUAAAGGUUGAACGACUGGAUGGUUGUGUGGACGAUAAUUUACUGGAUACAAAUGACUACACUAUAGCACCAGAGGUGGGCACUCCAGCCAGUGUGACCAGUUCGAGGGUUCAACAAGCCCGUCCUACGAGCACCAAGUCUGACACAGACUACACUUUAGCACCAGAGUCGGGCACCCCAGCCAGUGUUAACAGUCCCAGAAGUCAACAUGCUAGAUCUGCUAGCCCUAAGUCAGACACAGGAUUGAACAGCGUGGUGAACAAACGCAAGAAGGCUGUACCCACACGGAGGCCCCCUGGAGGGACGGCUUUCUACCCCAAGGAGUCACCCUUCAGUGUCGACACUCAAAGCAGUGAAGGUGGAUUACAGAUUGGAGUCAUCAAGGAAAUAUUUGAGUCAUCAUCUCAUAGUAUCAUUGACGAAGGUUUGGGCAUCAAAAGUGUGUAUGCCACACAGCAGAAAGGUGGGUAUCUUGGCCCAUCCACAAGCGAGAUUAAGCUAGAAUGUAGCACACCAAGAAACCGAAAGAGUUUGUUUGAUGCAUCAGGUGGCUUUUCUGCAUACAACUCUACUGCUGGGUUUAAUACCCCUUAUGGAACGCCUGCUUUAGGAAGAAAUGUUAGUCCCACGCCUCUCAAAACUCCAAAGAGUGACCAGCUUGGAAUUUUAAAUGAUCAAAGUGGUUCGAACCCUCGCUCAAGACAAGGGACUCCAAAUAGUGGUAUUUAUGGAGCUCAGAAUGAUCAGACCGAAACCCCCUUAGGUACCCAGCCACUUAGUAGCAGCAAUGCAGGGUCUUCUAAGGGUAAAAGCCAAACUCCACAAAUUGAUGGGUUGCUUGUGUCGCGAGGGGAAGGAAGGUAUGAAAAACUGAUCAAAUGUGAGUUAUGCAGUAAGGUGUGUCGCACAAGUAACAUGGCGAGACACAGGAAACAAUAUUGUGCAUAUUCUCCAGGUUUCUCCAAUAAGAAACCUUCAGGGUUUUCUGUUAAGCGACGUAGGAGGGAUGGGAUUGUCAAGAGUGAUAAUGAUGUUGAUGAUGAUUUUGGAAGUUUCGGAGAUGAGAAUGAUGAUAAUAGAGGUGGGAAGGGAAAGAGUAAAAGUUUGUCACCAUAUGAAGGUUUUAAUGAUGGAAGGGGAGCAGACAAUGUUAACAUGGAGUUUGAAGAGCCUAACGGAUCUGCGUAUGAGAAUAAUCAGGAGCUUCCAGUGCAUGGUAAAGAUGAUCUUUCUGACAUUCGCAAGGGAUUAUGGGGAAGUGGUUCUGGUGGUAAUGCUGAUGACAAUACUCAGAAUGGUGCUAUGUACAGCUCUGAUAAUCAGGGUGGCUCCAGUGCCUCUUAUGUUGAGACAAGCUUUAAAAACCAGAAUAACAAUAAUGGUGGAUUUACUGCUGAUCAGGGUGAUCCAGAUGCCUACUCAGGUCUUUUCAAGCCUCUCGUCAAACCAGAGUAUGAUUGAGGAAUGUGAUUGGUUGAAAUGGUAUAUUUUUGAAAUUGUUUUUUUAUUACAUGUACUGGUAAUACAGGUUAGCAUGGUGUGUACAUACAAUUACAUGCUUGCAAUUUUGUUUGGAGAUUGUAUAGACUUAUACAAAUAUACCGGUAGCUUUGUAAAUUAGAUUGAAUCUCUUGCAUAGAUUAUAAUUUUCAUCACUAUUUGCAAUAAAUGAUGAUGUAAUAUUUUGCUUUACAUUUAUUCUUUAUCAUCAUUGUGAAUAUUAAAAUCUAUUAGUGUUCAAAAUUAUAUGUCUUCCACUAGGAUGGCAGUAUUUUUCAAAAUUCCCACUAAUUACAUUUAUAUUUGGUUAAGAAGUCAGUCAUAUUUUCUUUACUUGAUUUUUUUAUCAUUUUGAUAAUAGAACAAAAUGCCUUAAAACUAUAAUUAUGUUCAAUGUUUUUGUGAGUUUUUCCUGAACAAGUCUUAAAGCUACGACUAUGAUCAAAGUAUUUGUGAGAUUUCCUUGAACAAGGCUUUAAAACUAUAAUUAUGAUCAAUGUAUUUUGUGAGAAUAUCUUCAACGAGCCUGAAAACUAUAAUUAUGUUCAAUGUAUUUGUGAGAAAUUCUUCAACAAGACAGAAACCUAUAAAUAUGUUCAAUGUAUUUUGUGAGAUUUUCUUGAACAAGCCUGAAAACUAUAAUUAUGUUUAUGAUGUAUUUGUGAGUUUUUCUUGAACAAGCCUGAAAACUAUAAUUAUGUUCAAUGUUAGAUUUUCUUUAACGAGCUUGAAAACUAUAAUUUUGUUUAAAUGUAUUUUGUGAGAUUUCCUUGAACGAGCUUGAAAACUAUAAUUAUGUUUAAUGUAUUUUGUGAGAAUUUCUUAAACAAGCUUGAAAUCUAUAAUUAUGUUAACUGUAUUUGUGAGAAUUUCUUGAACAAGCUUGAAAACUAUAAUUAUGUUAAACUGUAUUUUGUGAAAAUUUCUUAAACAAGCUUGAAAUCUAUAAUUAUGUUAACUGUAUUUGUGAGAUUUUCUUGAACAAGCCUGAAACCUAUAAUUAUGUUAACUGUAUUUGUGAGAUUUUCUUGAACAAGCCUGAAACCUAUAAUUAUGUUAACUGUAUUUGUGAGAUUUUCUUGAACAAGCCUGAAACCUAUAAUUAUGUUAACUGUAUUUGUGAGAUUUUCUUGAACAAGCCUGAAACCUAUAAUUAUGUUAACUGUAUUUUGUGAGUUUUCUUGAACAAGCCUAAAAAUUAUAAUUACGAUUAAUUUAAUUUGUGGGUUUUUCUUCAACGAGCCUGAAAACAAUAAUAAUGUUUAUAAUGUAUUUGUGAGAUUUUCUUGAACAAGCCUAAAAAUUAUAAUUAUGUUUACUGUAUUUUUAAGAUUUCCUUGAACAAGUCUGAUUUUUUUCAACGAGCUUGAAAGCUAUAAUUAUGUUCAAUGCAUUUGUAAGAUUUUCUUCAACAAGCUUUACUAUUUAAUGAUGUUGAUGCCAACACUUUUGUUUUUCUUAUGUGUUUCUAUAUGACAUUUAUUUCUGUACUUAUACAUAAUUAACCAUAUUUAAUAUGACCCAUCAAUGUAGCUGAACUGAACAUGAAAAUAUAGAUUGUUUUUAUAAAAGACAAUUUAGCCAUCUUGAUGGAUAGCUGCAGUUUUACAUCCUCUGACUUGUGUUUGAAGCCCUAUUUGUUGUUUUGUUCAGAUUUAUUGUAUCUGUCAAUGUAAUCAAUUGUUUGAUUUUAAAUAAGUAUAGCAAUAAAAGAACUUCAAUGAGGACUAACUACCGGUAAUUUUGCUAAAAAUAAACCUUGUUUUAGAGGCACAAGGCAAAAGGCCCAAUCAACAAUGAACUAGAGACACAAACAUACAGUACUAACACUACAUACACAAAUACAAACACCAAAAACAAACCACACUCUAAUCAAAAUUGCUUUACCGAUAAAUGAUUGGAUUGCCGCCUUGGAACGGUCAGUGAACCGUGAGUCCACUGCAACACCAGUCUGCUGGGGGCUUAAACUAGUUAGCAUGGCUAUUUCUUGCAUACCGGACGUGUGUUUCUGGUCAUGUGCUGGAGUCACGCGCAACAACGCGCCACUUCUUAUUUCUUUUAUUGUAAGAUUUAUGAAAAGUAUAUUAUGCCAUUUCAAUUAAGGGCAAUCAAAUAAAUAUGUUAGCAAGACUUUUAAUUAAAAUUGAAAAUAAAUGUAAAAAACGCUAUUUUUAGUUAUUUAAAGUUACUGCGCUCUAUGACGUCAGUAAACAAUGUCGCACGCAUUUUUUGAUGUAAUUGUACAAAAGUUUGUUUUCUAUGUAAUUUUUCCACAAAUUGAUAAAUUUAGAUAUGCCAGCCUCGUUACAGGCUUACGCACGUGCCCUCGGGUCAGAUUUUUCUACCCGUACCAGAAGCACAUGAAAGAUACUUAUAAUCCACACACUUGUUCCAUCACUUAUCUUUAAUUACUAAUCAUAAUGCAGCCAUUAUAGUCUGCAUGCCAACCUUUAUACACUCAAUAACAACUAUAUUGCUGGAAUUUUGAUUAUGGAGCUAAUUGUGCCUUGUACAGUGAAGACUAAUGUAUACACUGCUUUCAUUAGAUAAAGAAGAUGAACCAAUAUCAGGGAGUUUGGUUAGUGGUCACCAAGCCGGACAAGUGGAUUUCCUUAGGCUACUCAGGUUUGCCCCUUAACACAAACCAGACUCUCGCAGAUAAUCGUGCCAACGAGAGUGAUUAAUAUAAUGUUGUAAUAACUUGUUUCACAAUCGUUGUAAAAAAGAUUGUUAUUGGUGCAAUUUGUCUUUUAAGUGAGAAAGCAUCGUGUUUGGUUUAAUAAAAACAUGAAAAUGGGGAGAACGUGAUAACUUUACAUUCCAAUUAUUUCUUUUCAAGUUGAAAAGGGCGAGAGUGGUCUAGUGGUGUCCGCCUCUCACCCAAGAGGUUGUGGUUUUGAUCCCCACCAGGGGUACUUUCUCAUGACCUCUCAAAAAGGAAACCGUACUGGUUACUGUCAAGGAAACGGACUCACGAGUGAUCUUGUCAGCUUUCAUCACUAUCAAGCUAAAAUUAAAAAAAUAUUCUGUUUGUUUAGGUAAUUUCAUAAGAUAUCACAUUUUUUGACACCAUUACCCGGUAUUUACUCACCAAAAAGCAAUGUUAAUUUAUACCCAAAAAUAAUCAAAGUGACUGUGAUUGUUUAUAUAUCUAUGCGAAUCAUGUUUGUUAUAGAACAUAAGGUAUAUUUUGGUGGUAUUUUGUAUAUAUUUUUGAUUAUAAUUUUUUUGUAUGUUGUACAUUUUAUAUGAACACUAAUUGUUUAAAGGGACUUGACCUUGACCUUGACCUUGAUUGUGUCAGGCAUUGAAUUAAAGUAAUUUUGUGUGAAAUAUAAAAAUAAUGAUAAAACAAAAUUUAUAAUAAGAACCAUUAUUUAAAAAUAUAGCAGAAAAUGCUCUACUUAACAAAAAAGCAUUAACAAAAAAUACUUUUGAAAAUGGAAUAGCUUUAGGCAUCGAUUUACAAAAAUCUGUACAAUUGAAUAUUUCCCGUUUCUGUUCGUGUUCCAUUCAUAAGAGUAAGCAAAAUAACUCAUAUUUGAACAAAGUUUGAAAAAAUUGUUGCAAAAAUGAAGUCUGUGUACAAGUCCCUUUAAGUUUUCUACCAAAUGAAUGGUAGUGAUAUGUUGAAAUGAACCUGUAUAUGAUGUUUGAUAAUGUUAACUUGUGGUAGGGGUUUUAAAUGUAUGGUAAGUUUGAUUACUUGCAAUAUUCAAUAAUCUACAUUGAUACACUUGAACGUGAUAAGACAUGCAGAGAUGUUCUUCUGUGCUUAAAUAAGCUUAUUUUUAAACAUGAUUAGUUGUUAUGCUUUGCUUAAAUGUAUGUUUAAACAUCAUUUAUUCUAGCCAUGUUUUUCGACACCACAAUUAAACAUGAUUAACUGUCUUUUUUGCCUUGCUUAAGUAUGUUUGAACAUGACUUUUUUUCUAGCUUUAUUUUCCACAUCACAAUAAAACGUGAUUAGUUGUUCAAACGUGAUUAGUUGUUUAAACGUGAUUAGUUGUUUGAAAGUUGUUUAAACGUGAUUAGUUUUUUAAACGUGAUUAGUUGUUUUGCUUUGCUUAAGUGUAUGUUUUAACAGAAUUUUUUUCCAAGCCAUGAUUUUUACAUCAUGUUUAAACAUUGGUUGUUUUGUUCUGCUUAUGGUAUAUGAAAUAAAAAAAAAAGCUUUUCAAUUUAUUAAUAACAUUGGCUGUUUUGGGGGUAUAAUAUAUAUAAAUAUAUGUAUGUUACAUAUUAUUUCGUUACACAUAAGCCCUUUCAAAUGAUAACAAAAUAACAUGGCUUCACCCAGGAUCCAUAAUGACAUAACUGUAUAUAGGGUACCUUAUAUGGUUAUCAUUUUACUUGGCUUUUUUCAUGAUUUGUUUGUUAUUUUAAAUAGUUGUGUAGCUUUAAUUUUGCUUAUACAUGUUAAAUCAUGGUUGUUAUGUAGCCUUUAUUACAUAUGAGAGCCUGAUUUGCCAUUCAACUGUGCUGUUACUGCUUGUGAUAUAACUUUUAGCUAGUGAAAGAAUAUUGAUAGCCUUUGUGUCCUUGGUAUGACACCAUCAUUUCAGAUCUUUAACCUUGGCCAUAACUGAGAAAAAAAAUGAAAUGUGUUCACACAAACCUUAGUUCUGUUUGCAAGAUACGACACACACGCACACACACACACACAUGUAUAAAGGCUCAUAACUCUUGCUUAAAGAUGCACUAUUACUCAUAAAUAAGAUUUACCAUAUUUAAUACAAUUGUAUUAAUUUGCCAAAAAAGAUUGAUAAAUGUCGAAAACAAUGGUUCUUAUGAAGGAUACAGUGUUUAAUUUAAAAUUAAUGUGCAGAAAACGUGGUAUUUCUAUCUUGUGAGAGGAUAGAAGAUCCUGGUAAAUCUUUUAGCAAUCACCAAUCAUUUUAUAAUUUGCGUUUUCAGCUAUUAAAUACACGGUUAUAAACGUUCUAUCAGUAAUUAAUAUUCUACAUAUAUAUGCAUUCUUUAGUAAGUAGUUAAAGGUUAUCACUCAAACUUUAUGUUUGUUGUACAUGUGUAUGUAUUGAUUUUGAAUAAGAGUGUCACUUUAAAUCAUUGUGAAGUAAUGCCUCUUUAUGGGCUUAUCAGUAGAAAAACACAGAUGAUUGCAAGGCAUAUAUAUAUUCAAUGAUAACAAUUCUAGAUUAGCAUAAGAGUAACUUGAAUUUGGAAAAUGUUUAUGUAUACUUUUGGUGUUGCUUUUAUGGACUUAUUUCUGUCAGUUUUGAGUUUGAAUGUUUUUUUUUUCGAAAAAAAGAUGUAUUUUAUUGUAAUUGCCUCAAUGUAUCAAUGUUUGCAUAGUUGUAAAUUAAAAAAAACUUGCCAAUAACUAAAGAAAAAAAAAGAAAGAUAUGCAAAUGAAACUAAGUUCAAAUAUUGCCAUAUACAAUACAUACAUGUACUGCAAGGCCCUUAACUGUAGAUUUAAUACGUCUAGAGGUGCUUGUAUGCCCCUUAGUGACUUUUAAAUAGCAGAGAAGCAGUCACUCUUGGCGCUACUGUUGAUUUGUACAAUCUAGACUGGAACUGUUAUGUAAGAAUCGUUACCUUUUUAUACAUUAAGAUAAUGAUGAUAUUUACUGUGAGCUGUGGCUCUGUCAGGGAAGUUAAUACAUGUAAGUGCCUAUGUGAUGAUUGGGGAGUUGCUUUAUCAAGGUUCAUAGGAGCGAUUUACUACCUAGGCUGGAGCAUUAUUAAAUUCUUAAAUCAACUCGCUCUCAGGAAUUUUGAUGAAACAACCACAACCACCCAUAUCCCCACCCCUACCCCUCUCCCAACCCUCUCUCCACCCCUAUCCAUCAUCAACCCUCUCCCCAAUAGUCUCACCCCCUUCCCUCCCCCACUCCUCUCCCCACACCUCACCCCACCUCUCUUCUCCACCCCUGAUGAAAUAGCGUCUGAAAAUAGUUUGGGCAAUUGUACAUUGAUAAACAACGAUAUUUUACGUUACAGUGUUUGCGAUACAAUGUAUAUACUGGUGUGUAUUGAUUCCAUGUAUCAUGAAGCAUGUUUUAUUAUUUUUGAUUGACACAAAUCUGCAACUUUAUAUCAUUGGUGAAUAAAUAUUAACAUUU